UAUAUGCAUUGUACAGAGAAGAUUCUGCAACCAAUGGGUUCUGCAAAAACUUCUCUUUCACCCCCUGUUUCUUUCUCUGUGAAACCCUGAUGGCUUUUCACAAGCUGGUCCUGUUCUUCCUUCUUCUUGUUCAUUUUCUUGGUCUAUUUUGAAGUUCUUCUUCUGUUCCUAAACCCUAAAAAGAAAAAAGAAAACGAUGAUGAUGAGUGCAAGAACCAAGUGUCCAUUCACAGCAACACAGUGGCAAGAGCUUGAACAACAAGCUCUGAUCUUCAAAUACAUGGUGUCAGGAGUUCCAAUCCCUCCACAUCUCAUCUCAACUGUUAAAACAAGCAUGGAGUCUUCUUCAGUAAUGUCUUCAAGAUUUUACCCCCACCAACCAAUAGGGUGGGGAAGUUUUGAGAUGGGUUAUGGCAGAAAAGUAGACCCAGAGCCAGGGAGGUGCAGAAGAACAGAUGGGAAGAAAUGGAGGUGCUCAAAGGAAGCUCAUCCAGACUCCAAGUACUGUGAGAGACACAUGCAUAGAGGCAGACACCGUUCAAGAAAGCCUGUGGAAGUCAUUACUACUACUACUACUAACUCCUCUUCAAUGCCCCCCACAACAAAUCCAAACUCUGCUGGUGCCGCCGCCACCACCACCUCUAUCAUCUCCUACUCUCUAUCUGCUGAAAGCUACCCCUUUCUCAAUCCUCAUUCAUCAUCUUCUUCUAGACCACCUGGUUUUUUUUUAUCACCUCAGAGUAACACUACCCAUCAUCUGUUUUCAGACUCUGGAUCAUACUCUCAGGCACAUAAAGAUUACAGUUAUGUUCAUGGAGUGAGAGAUGAGGUGGACUCGAGAGCCCCUUUCCCAGAAGCUUCAGGGACGCCUUUGACAACGAGUUCUUCUAAUACUGCCUACUCUCAGUUAGACUUUCACAGCCUCACUGGCAGUGGUAAGUCAAGAGAACAACAACAACAACAGCAGCAACAACAACAAAAGCAGCAUUGUUUUGUUUUAGGCAGUGAUUUUAGAUCAGGAAAGCCAAUGGAAGUGGAGAGAGGAGAGGAAAAACAGAAGCCUUUUCAUCACUUCUUCGGAGAAUGGCAGCCGAAGAGCAGAGAGUACACUUCUUGGCUUGAUAUUGAAGAAGAAGAAGAAAACCAAUCAAGCCAUGGAAGCUUCUCAACUACCCAGCUCUCAAUUUCCAUGCCACCAUCCACACAAGAGCUUUUUGGAUCUAAAUCCACCUUCCCUACUGAUGGUUGAGCUGUCAAUGGUGGACCUAUGCAUCAUGCAUCAAAGAAUGGAGUUCGGUGGUUCAAAGCCUAUGCAAAUUGAUUUUGGUUUUAGAUGAACUCUAAUGAUUAAAUGUUGGCUCGGAGGCAUGUUUUAAAUAGCGGCAUUAGGAUUUGUAUAUAUAUAUCAGUGAUAUAGUUAAAUAUCGAUCCGUAUCGAAUACUAUCAACUGAUAUAUCAACUAAUAACAAUAUUGGAGAUCUAAAAUACCGAUAGGUAUAUGUAGUAGGUAGUUUUUUUGGUCUUCUGGGUUUUAGGUUGUUAUUUUGUCCUACAGUUACAAAAACAUUUGGCAGGUAGGCCAGCUUGUUUGAUUGAACUGAUCUUUUUGUGCU